AUGAGCUACGUUCACAACCACAGCGGCCAGCACUAAACAUUUCCAAACACCUACUUCAAAGUUGUCGUUUUUUGCGGAUUUCAGUGAAGUCAUUCCGCUGGUUUUACGACACGUUGGUCAAGCUGAUACAAACAUUUGACUCGGUGGUUUGAGCACAAAGAAAGCCCAGAUUGGAAAUAUAACUUGAACAAACGAUGGCUUCCCGCGGGAAAUCAGAAACUGGAAAAUUGAGGCAAAACAUGGAAGAGCAGCUUGACAGACUGAUGCAGCAGCUUCAGGAUCUGGAGGAAUGCAGAGAAGAACUAGAUGAAGAGGAAUAUGAGGAGACCAAGAAGGAAACCUUGGAACAGUUGAGUGAGUUCAAUGACUCUCUGAAGAAGAUCAUGACAGGAGACAUGACGCUUGUGGAUGAGCUCAGUGGGAUGCAGCUGGCAAUCCAGGCUGCCAUCAGCCAAGCGUUCAAAACCCCAGAGGUGAUCCGACUUUUUGCUAAGAAGCAGCCAGGACAGCUGAGAACCAGACUAGCAGAGAUGGACCGAGAUGUUAUAGUGGGGAAACUGUCGCGGGAUCUGUAUACACAGCAGAAAAUGGAAAUCCUCACAGCCUUGAGAAAACUGGGAGAGAAGCUUACUGCAGAGGAUGAGACUUUUCUCUCAGAAAAUGCCACUGCUACUCUGAGCCAGUUUGAAAAAGUCACUGCAAACUCAGGGUCUGAAGAUAAAAUUAUGGCUUUAGCUAGCUCUGGUGUGAAAACCAAGGCAUAGUAAUUACACAAAAAUGUUGAUUUUAAGUCGACUUUUUUUUUAUCACCAACAGAGAAAAUGUGCCAAUUGAUUUUGUAAAUAAUCACUUGUAGGUGUUGCUGUAGAUGCUAACACUUUUUAACAGUAUUGUUUUAUAGCCCUCAAUGUAUUUUAUGUGUUCGGAUGAGUGUAUAAUGUAUCAUAGGUACGAGCAUGUGAUUUGUUAAAUAUGAAGACAUGUACAUGAAUGUGAAAGAGUGUCCAGGUUGUUCAUGAGGAAUAAUUCUGUUGUGAUUUUUUUUUUGCUGUAUUUCUUAUUGGGUUGCUGUGUCAGUGUAUCCAUCUGUCUAAAAUCUUAAAAAUUCAGUGGUGUUUUAAGAUGUUGAGUGCUGCAAAUGUAAUAUUAUUAUAAAGAUGCAAUAUCAUUUUAAAUCAACUGUGCUGUCUACAGGACAAAAUAACAGAAAUACAACAUGAAACAACUUUGAAGUGACUAAAUUACACUACAAAGACAGUAACACUAGAACAUGUGCAAUAUUCAUACAGUAAGACUUGAUAAUAUGCAGCAGUGUGUCAGGCUUUCAAAGCAAUCAAGUAAUAAACAUCCAAAUAUGAAUCACAGGUAGUCACAAAAGGUUUUAAAUAGUGAAUGACUCAAAAACGAUGGAAAAUAUAUUUACGCCUUACAUGAACAGUCAUUACUGCCAUUUGGACACAUGUAUGUAUUAACCAGACAGGACGUCUGGGAAACAUGGUCCAGUGAGUCUUUAACCAGUUUGCCUGGAAUGGGAUAUGAAAGCCAUUGGAUGGAUUUGUUGCCAUCAUGAAGAGUCUGUGAUGGUUUCAGCAGCUACUGGAUCUCACGGGAGGCAUUCAGUUUGAUUAAUGUGAUUGUUUAACAGCCAAGGAACAUAAGGUCACUUUACAGGACCAGACCACACUGUUCUUCAUGGUGU